UAAUUAUAAGGCCCAUUUGAUAAUGAGAAGAGAACCCAUGGGCGAUGACUGAAACCGAUCAAGAUAGGGCCACCUAAAAGCCAGCAAACAAAAUCCACAAAUCUACAACACAAAGCAUAACCGGUAAUCAACAAUGGCGACCGCACUCUCCAACUUAUUCUCCUUCAUCUUACCCUCAAACCCACCACCCAAAGCUCAACUACCGCCCUCCCACCUCUCUCUCUCUUCUAACAUUGUUUCUAACCCACAAAAACCCAAAGGCGCUUUGGUUUCAAAGGUGGCUCAAGAGAGUCAUAAUUCGUCUUCUUCACACUUAUCAACUGUGGCCUCAGUUAUAUGCCCUUCUCUCGCGUAUGCAAAUACCCUAUUCUUUAAAUCCGCCUACAAUGUUCAGGUGAUUGUCGACGAGAAUGAACCUGAGGAAAGGCUGCUGAAUAGGUUUAGAAGAGAGGUUAUGAGGGCUGGAAUCAUUCAAGAGUGCAAAAGAAGGAGGUUUCAUGAGAAUAAGCAAGAUGAGAAGAAGCGAAAGUCGCGUGAGGCUGCUAAGCGUAAUCGUAAAAGGCGCCCAGCAGCAAGAUUUUCUUCACAGAACAAGCAAGAACUAUCAGCAAACAAGAAGGAAGAAGAAGAAGAAGAUAACUGGGAGCUGCCAGAAGGAGACAUUCCUUUUUAACUGCAUUUGACUUUGUAUUGUAUCAGUAGGACCAUCCGCUGUGAAUUUGAUUUUGAGAGGCUUUUGAUUCUUGUAAGUUGCAUUAAGUUAACUCUGUUGUUUGAUUGACUCAGUGGCUUGUAAUUUUUUUUAAUGCAAAGUAAUGAUUUCUUUUGCUUGAAAA